UUCCAUGGUUUUCUGAGUGAGGAGACGUUGUUCCUCGCGAAGCAAUUCAUUGAGACAAUCAUCCAAAGAUGGAACAGUAGCUCUGUUCAUGAGAUUGGAUCGUAGUCCCUCAAAAUCAGAUCUCAAUUUCAUUAGAAAUUGAUCUCGUUUGGUUGUAUCUUGAAACUUUUGCAUGACAGUUUGCCCUUCAGUUGACAAAUCUUGAUAGACAAUAUUAGUGUAUUCAGACCAAAGAUUCAUAAAAUGAGAAUAAAACUCAGAAAUGGCAAGACUUUCCUGCUGAAAAAUUGCAAUUUCAUGUUCAAGUUGGAAUCGGCGAGCAUCAUUGUUCUAGCUGUAUACUUUCUUCAAGUAAUCCCACAUCUUAACUGCUGUGGUGAAAGGUCGAAGAUUGAGAACGAUAGUUGGAUCAAUAGAUCCUGUGAUCCAUGUCAUGACUUGUGCAUCUUUGGCCACCCAUUUGGCAUGUGCAUCAUCCUUGUCUGACUUUGCUGGAGCUGAAUCAGUUCCAUCGAUAUGACCCCAAAGUUCUUUUCCUUUGAUAAAAAGAUCCAUCUGAAAUGUCCAUGUGGGGUAGUUCUUUCCGUUUAGACGCACAAUGAAGACUUCGUGCUUGUCGGUGAACAUGAUGCCGAGGAAGAAAUAAAAACGCAUAGGACUUAUGGAACGAUGAAACAAGGAACUCGAAAACAGAAAGGAAACGAGGAUCGAAGUUGGCUAGGAACUGUGAUUUCUAGAAGUAUGUGGUGCAGGGAAAAAAAAAACUCAAGACUGUGAUUGCAACAGAUGGUUGGACCAGAAAACAAAGAAACAAGCAAAGGGGUGGCCAUGGACGCUGUUAUUUCAGUUGCUGCUAAAAUUGCUGAAUUUACGAUUGCACCUAUUGGACGUCAAUUUGGUUACAUAUUGUACUACAAGGGCAACCUUAAAAGGAUGAAAACAGAUUUCCAAAAGCUGGAGGGAAUGAAAGACAUCGUGCAACACAAAGUUGAUGAGGCUAGAAGGAACGGAGAAGAGAUUGAAAUAAUUGUCCAAAACUGGCUAAACGAAGUGGACAACAUUGUUGCUGAGGCAAAUAAACUCAUUGGCACUGAAGGCCAUGCCAAAGCCUAUUGUUCUAUGGGACACUUUCCCAAUUUGUUUACAAGGCAUCAACUCAGCAGGAUGACCAAAAAGAUGUCGCAAGAGAUUUCUCAAGUUCUAGCAGAAGGAAAAUUUGACAGAAUAUCUUACCGUCUUCCUGCUCAAGUGACAGUCACGCCAUUUGGUAGAGGUUAUGAGGCCUUAGACUCUAGAACAUCAAUGCUGAAUGAGAUUAUGAUGGACUUGAAGAAUCCCAACAUCUUCAUUAUUGGGGUGUACGGGAUGGGUGGUGUGGGGAAGACAACACUUGUGAAAGAGUUAGCAUGGCAAGCAGAGAAUGAUAGGUUAUUCAGUGUUGUAGUUUUGGCUACUAUAACUGAUUCUCCGGAUUUGGAAAAAAUUCAAGGCCAAAUUGCUGAUGCUUUGGAUAUGAAAUUUAAUAAGCAGACAAAAGAAGGAAGAGCAAUGCAGUUACGUCAAAGGAUAAGCAAUGAGAAGAGUAUUCUCAUUAUUCUUGAUGACAUUUGGGGUAAACUUGAUUUGACAGAAGUGGGGAUUCCUUUUGGUGAUGAUAACAAAGGAUGCAAGUUGUUGGUGACAUCUAGAAGCCUUAACGUGUUGAACUCCAUGGACAUUCAGAAAGAAUUUAGACUUGAAGUUUUACUUAAUGAGGAUAGUUGGAAAUUGUUUGAGAAAAUGGCAGGUGAUGUUGUUCAAGAUUUCAAUAUAAAAGCAAUUGCUGUAGAAGUGGCCAGACGUUGUGCUGGUUUGCCGCUUUUGAUUGUUAUGGUUGCAAAGGCUUUGAGAAAAAAAAAUAUCUAUGACUGGAAAACCAAAUUAUAUGAUUUAAAGAGAUUUGAUCAAGAAGAGCUGCAUGAGAAAAUCUAUGCUACUUUGGAAUUGAGUUAUGAUUGCCUAGAAAGUGAAGAACUAAAGUCACUAUUCUUAUUUAUUGGUUCAUUUGGACUGGAUCACCUCUUCACUGGGGAACUAUUUUCACUUUAUUGGGGGUUAGGCUUAGAUAAAUACUCUAACACAUUGACAGAUGCAAGAACCAGAUUCUACAAAUUAAUAAACGACCUCAAGGCCUCUUCAUUGUUACUUGAUUCCGAAACUGAAGUAGUUAGACUGCAUGAUGUUGUUAGAGAAGUCGCUAAACCAAUUGCAUCUAGGACUCGACCAACCUAUGGCGUGCAACGGUACACCGUAAUAAAAGAGUGGCCAAAGACAGAUCUGCUUCAAAAAUGUCAUCAAAUUAUCAUGCCUAGGUCAUAUAUUCACAAGCUUCCUGACAAGCUAGAGUGCCCAGAGUUGAAGCUACUUCUACUUGGUAAUAUAGAUGGCCAUUUAGAAGUCCCUGAUGACUUCUUCUCCAGGAUGAGAGAUCUAAAGGUCAUUGAUUUUUAUGGAAUGAAUUUUACCCCUUCUCCUCCACCAUCUCUAUGUUUCUUGACAAAAAUCCAAUCAUUGAUUUUGCUUGGAUGUAUGUUAGGAGACAUAUCAAUAAUUUCAGAACUAAAAAGUUUAGAGAUUCUCAUCCUUGAAGCAUCUGAUAUUGAAGAACUCCCUAAAGAAAUAGGACAAUUAACUAAUCUUCGAAUGUUGAAUUUAGCAAAUUGCUCUAGACUGCGAUUCAUUCCUGCAAAUCUUAUUUCAAGCUUAACAUGCUUAGAAGAGUUGUACAUGGGUAAUUGCUUUAUCAAUUGGGAUGCCAAAGGAAGCAAAGAUCAAAGCAACAAUGCAAGUCUAGAUGAGCUGGGGAAUUUGUCUCAUCUCAGAACUUUAGACAUAAUGAUUCAAGAUGUUUCAGUUUUGCCAAGGGACAUGCAGGUCUUUGCAAAGCUUGAAAGAUACAACAUAUAUGUAGGUGAUAUUUGGAAAUGGCCUUUGGAAUGGUCUGGAAAUGCUUCUGAAACUUCAAGAAAUCUUAAGCUCACUGACAAUAGGUGUUCAAACAUUCUUUUGGAUUGUGGGUUUAAUUUCUUAUUAAAUUCAGCUGAGGACAUGUGCCUUAAUAACAUACAAUGUGUACGAGAUGUCCUUUAUGAACUGAAUAGGAAUGGUUUUCCGCAAGUAAAGCAUCUGUGCAUUCAAGACAGUACUGAACUGCAGUACAUUGUCAACUCAAUGGGGUUGGUUCAUCCUUAUCCUGCUUUACCCAACUUAGAGACUUUGGCUCUUCGUAAUCUAUUUUGUUUGGAAGAAAUAUGCCAUGGCCCAAUUCCAAUUCAUUCUUUUACCAAACUAAAAUCUGUUGAAGUCAAAGGUUGCCACAUGUUGACAAAUCUGUUAUGGUAUUCCCUUGUCAGAGACCUUCCUCAACUUCUUGAAAUAAAAAUUUCUGAUUGCAAAAUGAUUACGGAAAUAAUAGUUUUCCAAAUAUCUGAGGUUGAUAUUGAAAUCAACAAGAUUAUGUUCCCCAAGUUGCGCUCUCUUGAACUUGAGCAUUUGCCAAGUCUUAUUAGUUUUUGUUCCGUGCCAUUGGCAGCUGAUAGGCAUUUCAAAAAGUGUGGGGAAAAUUAUGAUGAUACACAGUGCAUACCUAUGGCACUAAUUGAUCAAAAGGUCGAGAUGCCUCACCUUGAACUCUUGAAGCUGUCUAAUAUCAACUCUUGGAAAUUGUGGGAUGACAACCUUCCAGGUCAUUCUUUCAUUCAAAACUUGAAGAGUUUGAAAAUUGACAAAUGUGUUAGCAUAGCAUACGCAUUCUCGUCAUCAGUGGCUAGAGAUCUUUUAAACUUGAAGCAUCUUGGGAUUAGUAAUUGCCAAAGGCUGGAGGAGAUAUUUCUCUCAGAUGGAAAGUUGGGCAAUGUCUUCAACUCGGUUGUAUUUCCAAACUUGGAGACAUUGGAAAUCUCCCACAUGGAACACUUGAAGUCAUUAUGGAACAAUCAACUAGCUCCAAAUUCCUUCAGCAAACUGAAGCAGUUGAAAAUUCAAUCCUGCAAUAAACUAUCAAAUGUAUUUCCAUCUUAUGUGCUUGAUGAAUUACAGAAUCUGGAGAAACUGACUGUAACUGAUUGUCCUGCGCUAGAAGUUAUAUUCGAAACACAAAGCCUACAAGUAGAAGGUGGUAGACAAACGAGGCUGGAAAUGCAAUUGGGAACUCUCAUUUUGGAAAAUUUACCCAUGCUGAAACACAUAUGGAGUGGGAAUCCUAAUGAAAGCUUCAAGUUUCAAAACCUUUGCAUGCUGAAACUUAUGUAUUGCAUAAGCCUUAAUCAUGUUUUUCCCCUCUCUUUGGCUAAAGAACUUCAGCAUCUCCAAGCGCUUUACAUUAGAGUAUGUGGUGUAGAAAGCAUUGUAGCACGAGAUGAAAUGGCUGACACAAGUCCAAAUCCGAUACUGAUUUUCCCAGAAUUAAAAUCUAUGAGUUUUAUAUCUUUGACUCAACUUCAAAGCUUCUACCAUGGAUUACAUACCUUGGAUUGUCCCGUUUUAAGAGAUGUGGAUGUGUUUCAUUGUGACAAACUCGUACUAUUCAAGCCAACGUCUCUAAACUACCAAAACAAUGUCACAGUUGAUAUAAUACCCCUUCUCUCAAUUGAAAAGGUUGUCUCCAACACAAGUAAGCUUAUUCUUAAUUGCAAGGAUGUCACCAUGUUAUGCAAUGGUCAACUUAAUGAUGUGCCUAUCUAUACAGUAAAAGAUCUUACCCUGCAAUGUUUUCAUGAUGUGUCUGACAAAUUUCCAGCUGGUUUCCUCCAAAGAUUUAUCAAUCUUGAAAAUCUUGCGGUAUCAUGUAGUUCUUUCACAGAGGUUUUGUUUAGUGAAAGCUUUGGCACUGGACAUUCUGAAACAACUAUGAAGUUGAGAAGACUAGAACUCGUUGCAUUACCAAACCUCAAGUUUAUAUGUAGAGAAAAAUCUGAGGGGCAACUAGUUCUUCAAGAUAUGGAAUAUUUGUUUGUAUUUUUAUGCUCUACACUGAAGAAUAUAUUUCCAUCCUCAGUGGUAUUUGAGAAUUUACAGGAGUUGCAGGUGUCCAAUUGUGAUGGAUUGGAAAAUAUUUUGAAAUCAUCAACAGCUACCAGUUUACAAAAACUUAAAGAAUUAUGCAUAUAUGAUUGUGAAAAGAUAGAAGAAAUAGUUGCAAGUGAUGAUGAGAAUGAUACUUCUGAGCUAGCUUUUAUGAAAUUGGAGAAUCUGAUUUUGGUUAACUUACCAAGUCUAAGAAGUUUUUGCAAGGGAAGACAUGACUUUAAAUUUCCACUACUGGAAUACUUAGUUGUAAACGACUGUCCCAUGAUGGAAACUUUCUCACAUGGAGUGUUGAACGUACCAAGAUUCAGAAAAGUACAUGUAAAUCUGCAAGACUGGAAUGAAUGGCAUUGGAAAGGUGACCUUAACACUACUAUAAGAGAAAUAUGUAGCGAAAAAUGAACUCUAAGGAAAUAAUCGAGUUUGUACUCAAAAUCUGAAUGAAGACUCAGGUAGAUAAUUCGUCGCUACUACCUGGGUGUUAUCCACAUGCUUUGGGUGCAAGGCUAACCGGCAAAUCACUAAUGGCACAAAGCGUUUACAAUCAACAUGUUGUAAUAACUUUUAUAUGACAAUGACUUCUGUCUCUGAUUUUCUGUUAUUUGCAAAACACUCCUCUCCUAAAUUUUCCUCAUUAAGUAUAAUACAGGACCUGAAUGCUUGAUUCUGUGUGUGAUCAAUUGUUAAAGUUAUGCAACUUCAGAAGUUCAUGUUUAUCAUUGGACUGCAUUUAAUUUUUUUCUUUUUAACCAAUACUUUCUACAGUCAUUAAAUGAAGUAUUCUUCUGAAUGUAUAAAGAGUAUCUGUGCAGAACCUACUUGUUUAAUUGCUUUGGUAGAACUUUAUAGCAAAACGUAAAAGAAAAGUAAUAUAAUAACCAAUGUAUGAAGAUAUUAUUUCUCUCAUUAGUAAUUUUAGUCUUGAAAAUAGGCAAUUAAUUCAGGGCUCAACUUUUUCCACCUCCAAAAUUAUUUCAGGAAGUAGUUUUCUCUCGAUCGAAAUCAUACAUACUCUGAGGCUCGUGUAAUUUUUAAGAAUCAUGAUGUGGGUACUGUUAACACAGUUAAUCAAGGUUAGAUUGAAAUAGCAAUAUCCCUGUUUGUUCUAUUUGUCUCUGUACAACAAAAUGCAGAAACUAGUAAGGACUUUGUGUGGAAUAGUAUUGUGUUGUGAAUGUAGAAGAGUAAAAUUAUCCUGCUACAUGCUUAUACUCUUUAUCUAUAGGCUCUUUUGUUUAUUGCUUUUGUUACUCCAAAACUUGGAAAAGGAUAAGUUCUUGCAUUAAUGAUAGAUUAUGUUAGCUUGUAGAAAUUUCAUGAUGCAGUGCUUUAUUCCAUUUGUUUUAUUUUCUUGUUGCUGUGAUUUUCUAGACUUUUUAUGUUAGCUUGUUUUUCUAGAGUUA